CAGAUUUGGAACUGAGAGCUAAGACCACAAGGAAAACUCCCAGAAAGAACAUUCCAGCAAAAGGAUCAUCCCAAGUUGUUUCAGUCGGGUCUGACUCUUCGUGACCCCAUGAAAUUGGAGCCUAGAAAAGAGACGAGACUUGCCCAAGACUACAGAGCUAUUAAGUAUUUGGAGCCUAGAAUACAGAGCACAGAGGAAUCUUCGAAAGAGACCAUUCCAGGAGAAGAAUCAUUAUAUAGAGUGAAAAUUGUGAAAGACAAUUGGAAGCAGUGCUGACUAUUGCUCCUCUACUUCUAAGGACUGUGGGGAAAGUAAGAGCCACAUAAAGAGUCAGGAGAUGAAGAAAGGAAGGAAUGUGAGAAAAAUGACCAGAAACCAGAAGAUUCAAAAUGGAGACAAAAUAAACGAACAUAAAGAACAUGGCAAAGCUAACACUGAAUCUUCACACUUAUCUGAAAAUCAAAAGAACCAUGCCACUGAGAAGGCGUAUAAAUGUAAUCAAUGUGGGUUGACAUUUACUCACAACUCAAGGUUUAUUCAACAUCAGAAGACUCAUACUGGAGAAAAGCCUUAUACAUGUAAGGAAUGUGGGAAAGUCUUCAAUAAAAAUUCAACCCUUAUUAAUCAUCAGAGAAUUCAUACUGGAGAGAAGCCUUAUAAAUGUAAGGAAUGUGGGAAGGCCUUCACUCAAAACUCAAUCCUUAUCAAACACAAGAGAAUUCAUACUGGAGAGAAGCCUUACAAAUGUGAUGAAUGUGGGAAAGCUUUCAUUGAGAGUUCUGCCCUUAUUGUACAUCAGAUGACUCACACUGGAGAGAAACCCUAUACAUGUAAUGAGUGUGGGAAGGCCUUCAGUCAGAUGUCAAACUUUAAAGUACAUCAAAAGAUUCAUGAUGGAGAGAAGCCUUAUAAAUGUAAUAAAUGUGAGAAAGUCUUUGGUCAGAGCUCAACCCUUUUCAAACACCAGAGAAUUCAUACUGGAGAGAAGCCUUAUAAAUGUAAUGAGUGUGGGAAAGCCUUUAGUCGGAGGUCAAACCUGAAGGUACAUCAGAAGAUUCAUACUGGAGAGAAGCCUUAUAAAUGUAAUCAGUGUGAGAAAGCCUUCACCCUGAGUUCAUCUCUUCUCAAUCACCAGAGAAUUCAUACUGGAGAGAAACCGUAUAGAUGUGACAAGUGUGGGAAAGCCUUCUUUAGGAGAUCAAACCUCAAUUUGCAUCAGAAGAAUCACACUGGAGACAAACCUUAUGAAUGUACUAAAUGUGGUAAAUCCUUUGCUCAAAAGUCAACCCUUUUUAAACAUCACAAAAUUCAUACUGAAGAGAAACCUUUUAAAUGUGAUACAUGUGGGAAAGCCUUCUUUGAGAGCUCAACCCUAAUUAGUCAUCAGAUGAUUCAUACUGGAGAGAAGCCCUUUACAUGUGAUGAGUGUGGUAAAGCCUUCAGUAAAAAAUCAGUCCUUAUUAAUCAUCAAAGAAUUCAUACUGGAGAGAAACCUUAUAAAUGUAAAGAGUGUGGGAAAGCUUUCAGUCAGAGCUCAAAUCUUAGCGUGCAUAAGAAGAUUCAUACUGGAGAGAAGCCUCAUAAAUGUAAUCAUUGUGGGAAAGUCUUCACUCAAAGAUCAACCCUUUUCAAUCACCAGAAAAUUCAUAAUGAAGAGAAGCCUUAUAAGUGUAAAGAAUGUGGGAAAGCCUUUGUUCAGAGCUCAAACCUUAAGGUACAUGAGAAGAUUCAUACUGGAGAGAAGCCUUAUAAAUGUAAUCAGUGUGGGAAAGCCUUCACCCAAAGUUCAUCUUUUUUCAAUCACCAGAGAAUUCAUACUGGAGAGAAGCCUUAUAAAUGUAAUCAAUGUGGGAAAGCCUUCCUUAGGAGGUCAAAUCUUAAUGUACAUCAGGAGAGUCAUACUGGAAAGAAACCUUAUAAAUGUACUAAGUGUCGUAAAGCCUACACUCAAAAAUCAACCCUUUUCAGACACCAGAGGAUUCAUACUGGAGAGAAGCCUUAUACAUGCAAAGAGUGUGGGAAAGCUUUCUUUGAUAGCUCAACCCUUCUUGUACAUCAGAUGACUCAUACUGGAGAGAAGCCAUAUACAUGUAAUGAAUGUGGGAAAGACUUCAGUACAAAUUCAGUCCUUGUUAGUCACCAGAGAAUUCAUACUGGAGAGAAGCCUUAUACAUGUAAUCAGUGUGGGAAAGCCUUUAGUCGAAGCUCAAAUCUUAAUGUACACCAGAAGAUUCAUACUGGAGAGAAGCCUUAUACAUGUAAUGAGUGUGGAAAGGGCUUUAUUCAAAGAUCAAAUCUCACUGUACACCAGAAGAUUCAUACUGGAGAGAAGUCUUAUACAUGUAACCAAUGUGGGGAAACCUUCAAUGACCAAUCAACCUUUUUCAGUCACCAGAAAACUCAUGAAGAGAAGCCUUAUAAAUGUGAUCAGUGUGAGAAAGGCUUCGUUAAGAAAUCAAGUCUUGAUAAGCAUCAGAAGAAUCAUUCUGGAGACAAACCAUAUAAAUGUAGUCACUGUGAGAAAGCCUUUGGUGAACACUCACACCUUUUCAAACACCAGAGAAUUCAUACUGAAGAGAAGCCUUAUAAAGGAAAUGAAUGUGGGAAAGCCUUCAUUCACAGCUCUAACCUCAAGCAUCAGACAAGUCAUACUGAAGAGAAGCCCUUUCUAUGUAAAGAGUGUGGGGAAGCCUUCAGUAACAGAUCUUCCCUUGUUAAGCACCAGAGUUUUCAUACACAUGGGUUACGCAAGUAGUGACUGUGAGAAUGCCUUCAGCAAAAACUCAGAUCUUGUUAUUUACCAGAGAAUUCUUACUGAAGAGAAUCCUAGAAUGUGGGAGCUGAAUGGUCUGCCUCUCUACUCAGACACUCAUCUUGGGCAGAAGUCCUGUGAGGCUGGAUUCUGUUGGGGAAAGGCUGGCUUCUAGUCAAUAACAAAUCUCUGAUCCCUGUGGAAUGACUCUUAUGUGCUAUGCCAUUUCUGUAGGAACUUUUCCUUUUCUUCUCAUAUGGGAAGUUUGCUUUAUUUUCCCCCUUUUCUAGUUAGUUAUGAAAUGUAACUAAUGUUUGUGUAUCUGUCUGUGGCCUGAGGUGGCUCCAGCACAGUACUACCCAAAGCCCAGAGCCAUUUAUAGAUCCUGGAACUGGCAGGUUGUCCAACACUUACCCCAGAAGAGUCUCAUUUUUAAGCCAUUGCUAGCUGCAAGUCAUAGGGAGGCAGUGGAGAAUGGCAUGAAGUCCUGUUCCUAAAGACAGAAGUCUGGUUGCAUUCCUGGCUCUGUUAGUUGCUGCCUGUGUGUCCUUGGCCAAGUCACUUCUCCCUCAGCAUACUAUCUACAACGUGAAGAGAUGGGAUUGUGCUGAAUUAUUUCUGAUGUCCCUUCCAGUUCUGAAUGUUAUGAAAACUAAAGAUCAUCAUUCCCUGCUUCCUUCCCUUCCUCAUACAGGUGAGGGGACUGAGGCCCUGAAAGAGGUGAAGGCUUGCCUAGGGUCACACAGUAAAUCUGGGGAAGAGGCAGAACUAGACUCCCUGCUCCUGGUUCCUCAUUCCUAGUUUCCAGCCCGGGUCUUACUUUCCUACCUCUCCAAGUAUCCAGUUCUAACUAUUGAUGCUCAAUAGGUUUCUGUGAUUAACUAUGCCUUCUGCUUCCUGAUUCUAAACUGAAGAUAAAUCCCAACCCAGAAGGGGAAAUUCACUAAGAGAUACUAGGACUUUCAGCUUCAUCCUUAAUCUUGUCCCCAUUCUGAACUCAACCAUCCCCCAUCCAAAGAUCCAAGCUCAUCUCAACCUUCUCUCCUCCCCAGAAGCCAUGUCAUAGAGCUUCAGUAUGGUUAUCUAUUCCCAGGAGUCCCUGGGAAGUGAGGAGAAGGGAUGAGUGGGGAGCCAGUCAGUCUGCCUGGAGAGAGAGAACGAGGUUCAGGGGUGACAUGAGGAGUACCUUCUAUAGAUAGACUUUCUUUAUUCUAGUGCUUCCCCUCUGUUGAUUUCCUCCAACUUUUCCUGUCUAUAGUUUGUUUGUGCACAGUGGUUUACAUUGUGCUAAUACAUUUUCCUUUUAUUCAAUUUUUAUUAUGCCAUUGCCCCUGGAACAUUUGGUUAAUAAAGCUUUUUCCUUUUCAAGGUUGACCUCACCUGGAUAAAACCUGACUCAUUUAAUUGUAGUAAGAAGCCAAAAUGGAAUUUGAGCUUCCCAAAGUGAUUUGGCCCAUUGUGACUUCUUUAAAAUGUAGCCCUGUAGUUUUAUAAAUGUAGUAUCUGCAAACUCAGUGUUUAAAUCUGUAACCUAGUUUGUUAACUAAUUUGUUUUGACUUAGUUUGUUCACCCUUUAUUGAAAGAAGCAUGAGAUAAUCUGUUUUACUUGGCCUGGGUGACCUUUAUGACUUGAAAGGCCAUUAAAAAUUGUAAUAGAUUAAAAAAUUAUUUCUCUGUUUCUGACAGUACUUUUGUCUGUAAAGACUUUGCCAGAAGUUCCAGUCUUGGUACAGUUAUUUUUCUAUUACCUGAACCAGUGCUUAAACAUAA